ACCCAAAAUAAAUCAGAGUGAUUCACGAUGCAAAAUGACUUCAUAAACAUGUUACUCAAGUGAAAAAAGUGAAAUCCAGAAGAAUAAACUGGAUUUGUCUUCAAUCUCAAAAACUGGCAGGACGACCAUCUGCCAUGGUUAUAGUAUUAGUACUGGCAACCCUCUUCGUUUCUCGUAGAGAAUCGCUAUUGAGGCACAUGUGCCUUGGAUACAAUCUCUUCUUGCUUCUAGCGCCACACACCUAAGUAAAGCACCUGAAUUAACAAUAAAGAACCCCCUAACUGUUCAAUUACUACUAGCCUAUUGGAUAACAAAUCCCCAAAGCAAAGCACACGCUGGCAUCCAAGUCUGGAACUUGAGUUAAAUACAGUCUCUAGCAACACAGCAUAGAGCACAGUAAAGUCAUCAUAGAGUG